UCACCCCGCCAACAUUUUGUGACAAUUCUGAAUCCCGCUGAUGAACUGACGGACGCCUGCGCCAGAUGGAGUCGAUGCGAGCGAUAUCCCUACCAGUACAGCAUGCCGGCUCAUCAUCCCAAGCAGCCGCCCGCUCCUCAACCCACGCGCGUCUUCUUUGACCCGUUCAACUCGUCUUCCACCGGUCACCAACGCGCCGAAAAUCGACUCUCGGGGUCCACCUCAUGGCGCGAGUCUCGGACGUACAAACUCUCGCAUCAGUUCAGGGACGCAACCGGUCGCGGCGGGAGUCAACAUUUGGCCGAUCUGGUCGGCGCGGGGAGCCAGACUUUUGGCCCGGAUGGGCAUAAAGCAAACGGCGACGGGCAAGAGCGGUCGCAAAGAUUGAGGGGGAAAGGAUGGCAGGACAUCAGAGAUAUGAUGAGUGGCCCAAAGAGACGGCCGAAUCUGAACGAUAAUAAUGUGGAAGAGACAGAAGAAUCUGCAGAGAAGCGGCCGAAGGCAAGCCACGACGGCCCCCAACACCGCCACCAGGACGAGACGAGCCCUUUCCUAUCUGGACGACGGCGGGGAGACGACCCAAUCGAUAAUAGCAGCACCACCUCUCCCACCACCAUUCUCAAGCCUUCACCGCCCCAAAUCUUCCGCAACCUGACCAUGUGCCUCAACGGGAGUUCCUUCCCUCUGAUCUCCGACCACAGACUCAAACACCUCUUUGCCCAACACGGCGGCCACACCUCCAUCGUCCUUGGCCGCCGCACCGUCACGCACGUCGUGCUGGGCAGCAACUCUGCGGGCGGCGGCGGCCUGGCGGGCGGCAAGAUCCAGAAGGAGGUGCAUCUCGUGCGUGGCAAGGGCGUCAAGUACGUCACGGCGCAGUGGGUGGUGGACAGUGUCGCGCAGGGCGUCAGGCAGCCGGAGAGCAAGUACAUCCCGGACGGGGUGGGCGGGAGGAUUGGAGGCAGCGGGCAGGUGAGUGUGAGGCAGAUGUUUCAGCCUAAGCGAUGAAGAAAACGGUUGCAUGGUGAUGUAGCAGGGUUUCUAGGAUAUGUUAACGACUUUGGCAUUGGAGGGAGGAAUGGGUUGUUGCAUGAUUGGUACGCGGCAUUGGAUGAAAAGGGGCGACACAGUACCCUUUGG